AUGGCCCGAUUUUGUGCAAUCCUUUUAGUCUUUUUAGUGGCUGUUUUUUCGACAAAUGCACAUAAAGAUAAAGUGUCUUCUCCUCCAAGCUCUGAGUUCAUAAAAUCAGAAAACGAUGAACAAAUACAGUAUUAUGGAGAGUCAAUUGAACCUCAGAACCUGGAGAAGCGCGAAGCUUGCAGGGUUGUGCCGAUUGAUGACGUACAUCUGACGACGGCUGCGGUUGAGAUCGUUGGAGAUCUGUGCUACAACGCAAAUGACAUCAAAAGAAUGCUUAGGCUAAUAAAAAUGCUUAUACAAACUAUGUCACAUACAGAAAGUUGGAGAGCACGAUUAGGAUGGUCUUACAGCACCGGUGCAACAAAGGGGGCUAAAAAAGCCCAUACAAUGCUCGCGAAAUAUAUGGACAAGACGAUGAGCUAUGUUACGCAAAUGUGGAUCAUUUUUAAAUCUCCGAGAUGA